AUGAUGAAGAGGUUACGAAUCGAAAGAGCAACGGGCCAGUUGCUCGCCGCUCGCCCCGGCUGCCCCUCCACCCCCGGCGCCGCCCUCCGGUCCUCAUAUAAGUGCGCCACCCAAGUAGCACCAGUACGGUACUCAUCCUCCUCCUCCGCCGUCGAGACCGAACCCGUCUACGAAGAAGACGGCACCGACCACUCCCGCUUCCCCCCCCUCGAGAAGCUCCCACCCAACACAUCCACCCUCCCCUCCCCCCUACCCUACCGGGCCCUCGAAUCAGCAAAACUCUCCGCCCUCCACGCCCGCCUGUCGCUCUCCCCCAAAAUCCCCCUCCAAACCCUCGCCCGCACCCUCGUCGACGCCUCGGCCGACCCGAACCCCCUGUUCAACAACUCCAGCCUGGCCUUCCUCGGCGCCACAAUAAUCAACUACCACGCCUCAGAAUGGUUCAUGGUCCACUACCCCCGUCUCCCCAUGGACGUCCUCUUCGCCGCCAUGGCCGGCCUCGCCGGCCCCGCGCCCCUCAACAGGAUAGCGAAAUCGUGGGGUAUCGAAGUGGCCGCCGCCCCCGGCGGCGAGGUCGAUCCUGGUCUUCUCCAAUUCAGCCUCGAAAACCCAGGGGAAAGCAUCGCCGGGUUCGGGUACACCCGCACAGUGGUCGACAAGAUCAACAAGAACAACUGGAAGCGAUCGGUCGCCUCCAAGGUAAUCUACGAUGACGAUUUCGGGCAGUUGAUCAUGCCCCGCAAAACUAAAGAGUCUGAAGACAAGGCCGUCGAGGAAGAUCAGGGCCAAGGUGUCUACCACGAAGAAGCAGCAAACCCCACCCCCAAAUUCUCCCCCACGUCUUACGGCUCCUCCACCACCCGCGAGCUAUCGGAAAAGGCGCACGCAAACUUUGCGCGUGCUGUUGUCGGAGCGGUGUACACCCACUGCGGCCGCGCGGCGGCCAAAUCGUUUGUCAAGGCCCACGUCCUCUGCCGCGAGCUGGAUCUGGAGCGGUUGUUUGCGUUUAAGCAUCCCACUCUUGAACUGGCUAUGCUCUGCGCCAGAGAGGAGUUUGAGCCCCCGGUCGCGAGGCUGCUUUCGGAGACCGGUCGGCUGUCGAGGACGCCUGUUUUUGUGGUGGGGGUGUACUCGGGGAAUGAUAAGCUGGGGGAGGGGCAGGGGGCGACGUUGGAGCAGGCUAGGUUGAAGGCUGCGAUGCAUGCGUUGAAGGCGUGGUAUUUGUACAGUCCUGGGGAGGGGGCCAAGGUGCCGAGUGAUGUGCUUGAAAUGGAGACGGGUGGUGGUGGUGGUGGUGAGCAGCAGGGACAAGGGCAGGGGCAGCAGGGGAAGAAUAAGGGGUGGGAGCCGGCUUAUAUUGAUAUUGGCGAGUUGAUUUCUCGUUAG